CCUCAACCAAUCAGCGUCCAGGGUGGCCUGUUGACCUCUGGUGCUGCACUGCUAUUAAAUUAAUUAAAGGAUCAUUAAUUAACUCGCCUCUUUAAUCACCUAAGGAAUGUUGAACUGUACCUCAAGAUGGAGAUGAUCAAAGCUGAGAUGAAGAUGAUACCACAGUACUGCAGUCAGUUAUAGUGCCAGCAUGUACAGUGUACACUUCUACGUGUAUAUGAAACCUUCACUUCCAGUAUUGUUACAGGUACCCAACUCAGCCCAGAAAACAAAAAUGUUCAGAAGUCGUACUUUUUGGGUUAAAUUUCAAGGAAGUGGGACUGUCAGGUGGUGUUGCACCCAGUUCGCCUAUGUUCCAAAACACAGACCUUGUCAAGACCAGGCACUGAUCUGCAUGCAAGAGUUUAUGGACAGUACUAGAAAGUUAUUUGUGCUUACUGGAGCUGGCAUCUCAACGGAGAGUGGCAUCCCGGACUACCGCUCUGAGGGAGUUGGCUUAUAUGCUACCAGCACCAAGAGGCCAGUACAUUUGAAGAUCUUCAAGGAAUCAUCAAAAGCCCGACAGAGUUACUGGGCAAGAAAUUAUGUAGGAUGGCCACGUUUCUCAUCAUUUAAACCAAAUGUAACACACACAACUCUGGUAGAGUGGGAGAGGAAGGAUAAAGUUCACUGUGUGGUGACACAAAAUGUGGAUCGGCUGCAUCACAAAGCUGGGAGUCACCAUGUUCAUGAACUUCAUGGUACAGCUUUUAAUGUGAUAUGCAUGAGCUGCAAUCAAACGUUGCCUCGUCACAGCUUCCAGACCAAACUGAGGGACAGCAACCAACACAUGUCUGCACGGUACUUGGAGAUACGUCCUGAUGGUGACGUAGAGCUGACCCAGGAUGAAGUUAAUAGUUUUCAAGUACCACCAUGUGAGAGAUGUGGAGGAAUCCUGAAGCCCGAUAUAGUGUUCUUUGGUGAUAAUGUACCAAGAGGUCGUGUGGAGAAAGUCAGACAGGUGCUGGCAGCUUGUGAUGGCCUGUUAGUGCUUGGGUCAUCAUUGUUUGUAUAUUCUGGAUACAGAUUUAUCCUUCAAGCAUUAGAGUCAAGAAUACGGGUGAGCGCAAUUAACAUUGGGCCAACACGAGCUGACAAACACUUAUCCUUCCGCGUGGAUGCUCGUUGUGGAGAGGUGCUGCCACGGCUGGUUGUCUGAUACUCAAGAUAGUAAUGGCCGGGAGAAGCUGUAAAUAGUUAUAUAAACACUGUACAGUAAUAUACAUAUAUACUGAUGGUUGUUAAGAAGAGUUACCUCUGUCAAUAGUCAGGAACUCAAUUUAAUAGUUUUUUCUUUUACAAACACAUCAGGUAAGACUAAAUGUUAAUAUUAAUCAUACGUCUGGUAAAAGUGUGAAUGACAGUGGGCGAGAGUGUAGGGAGAGGUUUGCAGGAGUAAAAAUUUAAUUAUAAUAUCUGUACAGUGAUAAAUUAAUAUUAUACAUACCUUCAAUAAAAUGUAAGAUUCCA